GUGCUCACCUGUGACGCUCAAAGCAAACCAGAGCCCACCAGCUAUAAAUGGAGCACGGCCACAGGUCCUCUGCCCAACACCACUGAGCCCCAGGGCAAUCAGCUCCUAAUCAACACUGUGGACAAGGCCACCCUCAAUAAUGUGACCUUCCUCUGCAACGUCACCAAUGCCUUAGGGUCCGGGCAGGCCCAAAAAGUCAUCCAUGUUAAAGACGUUGAGCAGCCACGUUUAACAACGGGAGCCAUCAUUGGCAUCGUCAUCGGCGUCGUCGUCUUCGUGGCUGUCUUCAUAGUAUCUGCUGUAGUCGUGUGGCGUUAUUGUCCAUUUCAGCCAAGCAGAUCCAACAGGCGCUCAGAUACAGAGUAUUCAGCCGUGAACGACGUAGAGAUGCGUGACAUGAGGUCCCCAAACCAUGGAACUUGAAGCCUCAACAGCUGGAACCCCAAGAAGAUAGAUAAGAGCCUCCAGAGAGACCGUCCACCCAGUGUGGUGAGCGCCAAAACUUUUGGGGUCACAAGUGACCCUUGCAAAUUCCUCAUUGUCAGAAAGCACUUGUGGAGCCCAGCGUGGUGGCCCACAGCUGUCAUCCAGCAAGUGGGGAGAUGGAGGCGAGUUUGAGAAUGGCCCGGGCUACAGAGUGAAGCCCUGUCUACACACAACAAGCAAACAAACAGGAUUUGAGGUGUUCGGGAACUGGAGUCUUUCCACGGGUGGGAAAUCGUCUACCUCAUUUUGGGCCGUGUAGAAUGUUCAAAGAGCUGAAAGUCUUCGGCCACUGAGACUCAACCUCAGAAUCUCUCUUUCACUGGAGUCAUUCAAGGCUGUUCUCACUGUGUAGCCAAGGCUGGCCUCAAACUCACAGAGAUCCGUCUGCCUCUACCUCCCAAGUGCUGGAGUUAGAAGCGUGUGCUACCACACCCUUCUCCGUGUCCUUUUUUAUGAAGUAAUGAAAAAAAUAUAUAUUUAUUUAUUAAAAGCUAUAUAGUUUUGUAUGAAUAUUUUUGAGACAGAGUUUUAUAUAGCCCCGGCUAGCCUCCAACUUACAGCCUCCUUGGUCUCCUUUUUGAUGAAGUAAAGAAAAAUAUAUAUUUAUUAAAAGCUAUAUAGCUUUGUAUAUAUUUUUUGAGACAGAGUUUCAUAUCGCCCAGGAUAGCCUCAAACUUACUAAGUAACCAAGAAUGAUCUUACUAAUUUAUUUUAACUUAAAAGGUUACAUAUAUAUCCCAGGCUAGCCUCAAACUUACUAUGUAACCAAGAGUGAUUACUAAUUUAUUUUAAUUUAUUUGACUUCAAGCUUAAACGUCCCCUGCCCCCUGUUCCCUUCCCUCUCAGUCCUUAAUUCUCCCCAGACACCAUUCUGACUUAUGUCUUAACUACACACAUUGUUUUAUUUAACUGUAUAAAAAUCUGUGAACUACAAAUGAAAGAAUGUAUUUGUCUCUCUGAGGCCAACUCACCUUAUUUAAUGUGAUUCUUUCCAAUUGUAUCCAUUUUCUUGAAAAUGAUGUAACUUUGCUCUUCUUUGUGUCUGAAAAAAAAAAAAUCCCCAUUGUGUAUCAUCUUUCCUUUCCCCUGUGGACCCACACAAAGGUGGAUC